GUCGCUCGUCGUGUGCUCAGGCCGGCCCCCCGACGGCCGCGCGUUGAGAUGACUUUCCGCGAUCUCCUGAGCUUCAGUUUCGAGGGACCCGGCUCGGACAGCAGCGCCAGCGGGGGUGGUAGAGGGGGAGGCGCGGGCGGCGCUGCCGCCUCGGAGGGCCAGGCGGUGGACGGCGUGCCUGCGGCCGCGGGCUGCGGCGGCGGCGGCGGCGGCGGCGUGGUGGGCGCCGGCAGCAGCGAGGACAACCGGAGCUCCGCUGGAGAGCCCGGGAGCCCAGGCGCCGGCGGCGAGGUGAAUGGCACAGCGGCCGUCGAGGGGCUGGUGGUGAGUGCUCAGGGAGUGGGCGUGGGCGUCUUCCUGGCAGCCUUCAUCCUCACAGCUGUGGCGGGCAACGUGCUGGUCAUCCUCUCGGUGGCCUGCAACCGCCACCUGCAAACGGUCACAAACUAUUUCAUUGUGAACUUGGCUGUGGCCGACCUGCUGCUGAGCGCCACAGUGCUCCCGUUCUCGGCCACCAUGGAGGUUCUGGGCUUCUGGGCCUUUGGCCGGGCUUUCUGCGACGUCUGGGCCGCCGUGGACGUGCUGUGCUGCACGGCCUCCAUCCUCAGCCUCUGCACCAUCUCGGUGGACCGGUACGUGGGUGUACGCCAUUCGCUGAAGUACCCCUCCAUCAUGACCGAGCGCAAGGCAGCAGCCAUCCUGGCGCUGCUCUGGGCCGUAGCUCUCGUCGUGUCCGUGGGGCCACUGCUGGGAUGGAAGGAGCCGGUGCCCCCUGACGAGAGCUUCUGCGGCAUCACUGAGGAGGCAGGCUAUGCUGUCUUCUCCUCAUUGUGCUCUUUCUACCUGCCUAUGGCAGUCAUCGUGGUCAUGUACUGCCGCGUCUACGUGGUAGCGCGAAGCACCACGCGCAGCUUGGAGUCUGGCGUCAAACGCGAGCGCGGCAAGGCCUCCGAGGUGGUGCUGCGCAUCCACUGUCGCGGCGCCAGCGCUGGCUCAGCUGAGACCCACUGGGGGAUGCGCAGCACCAAGGGUCGCACGUUGCGCAGCUCCCUGUCGGUGCGUCUGCUCAAGUUCUCUCGCGAGAAGAAGGCGGCCAAGACGCUGGCCAUUGUCGUGGGCGUCUUCGUGCUCUGCUGGUUCCCCUUUUUCUUCGUCCUGCCACUGGGCUCCCUGUUCCCACAGCUGAAGCCCUCAGAGGGCGUCUUCAAGGUUAUCUUCUGGCUGGGCUACUUCAACAGUUGUGUGAAUCCACUCAUCUACCCCUGCUCCAGCAGGGAGUUCAAGCGUGCCUUCCUCCGCCUCCUGCGCUGCCGGUGCCAUCAUAGUCGCCAGCGCCGCCGCCCCCUCUGGAGUAUCUACAGUCACAACUGGCGAGCUUCAAAUGGCAGCCCACACCCAGACUGCAUGCCUGGCCCAGGUGCCAUACCUACCAGGGCCCCACAGGCCUUCACGGUGCCCUCAGCCCCUGGCUCCCUGGGCACACCCAAAGCACAGGCUCCAGCUGUCACCUGUCGAAAGAUGCCCUGCACCUUCCGUGAGUGGAGGCUUCUCCGGCCAUUCCAGAGACCUGCUACCCAGCUGCAUGCCAAAGUCUCCAGCCCAUCGCAAAAGAUCCACACCAGAGAGGCCAUGUGCGCCCUGCACUCAGAGGUAGAAGUGGUGUUCUUAGGUGUCCCCCGUGAUGCAGCUGAGGGCACCACCUGCCAGGCUUAUAAACUGGAGGACUACAGCCAUCUCCAAGAGACUGAUAUUUAAGGACCUUGAGUUAGGCCGAGGAGUAUGCUGGAGUGGCGGGAAGGGUAUGGAGAAGGAAGCUGUCUUUGUUCAAGAGGCUGGUGAGAAUCAGAGACCCAGAAACGAAUCAGCAUCAGUUUUGGCAACUGCUCUCCAGCAUCCGUGAGGAACUGAGAUGGGAUGAGGGUUUUGAAAGUUAUGGGAUCCCCCUCCUGGACACAGAUGCCCCUAGCUCCUCCUUUCAAGAGAGGGGCUACGGGCUCCUUGAGGCCAUUUGCUUCCAAUCCCUGCAUGAGAAAUACUGCCGCAUCCAUGCUGUGAACCCUGGGUAGGUGGCCCCAAGUAUAGCCAGGCAGCCCUGUCCCUCCUCUUGGGGAGGAAAGGGCACAGAAGCCCUGCCUGGCUGUCCCCAAUGCCUUCCCUCCAGGAAAGGUCACUGGGGCCAAGGAUUCUCAAUGGACAUAAUUUCUCCUUACUGCAGACUGGAGAAAUCCAGUGAGCCUGGCACCGCCACCAGCAUGCUUUGGUGGCAGAAUGAAUGACUGUCCUACAAGCCUAUUGUAUAACCUGCAGGCCACUCUGCCCUACAGAGGCCCUGCCCUGCCCCUCAUUUUGUCUUCCAAAGGGCCUUACUGUUUACACUCUGUAUAUAGCUCCUUAUGCCUGUGCCCAUUACUUCUUGCUGGGAUCUAGAACCAUCAAAUAGGGAGAGCUUUGUCAUUUUUAGGCAUAUUUAUUGGUCAGGGUACUUCUAUUUUCUCCAAACUGUGCAAACUGUUCCUCUUUAGCUUACAACCCAUGAAGAACUCCUUUUUUAAAGGCCCACAACAGGAUAAAUUGAGUUAUCCUGUGAUCUGUGUUCACUUUCUAGUUUCAGCCUAACUGUCUCUUUAACUGAUGGCUUCUGUCCUUUGGGACUUUCAGCAUGACCAAAAGAUUUGGGAAUUUUGUUGGCUCUUAAAACUCACAUGAUUAGUCUUUGAAAGCAAACAAAGUUUAACUUUUUCAGUCUCACCAGAUGCAUCUGUGAUGCUCUCAGGGCCUCAGUCUGGAAGGUGGCCAUCAGUGAAAUUGGUGAAACAUUACUUUACAUUAAAAAAUAUACAAGCCCAAGUAGACAUGUGUACAUGGUGAGUGAGGGAACACUUACCUGGAACCAUGCUUAUUAGCGUUGAUGGUUCAACAAAUCAUCCAAAAUCUGUUAUAUUCCCAAGAGGCUAUAGGUAGCUCAGUUUUCAACUGGAUAAUACCAACCACACAUGUCCAACCAGCAAAGGAAUGAUGAUGGUAGCCCAGUGGACCUUUGGAAGGAGAACUGCUAGAUAAUACCCUGGGGUCUCUGGGGUGGAGGUGUUCUAAAACAGGAAGAACCAACUGCUGGGGCCAACAUGGACCAGUAUUUUCAACCAGAAGCUUCCUGUAGUAGGGAGGUAGUCUGUUGAAAAGGUCAUCACAAUUUCAGACUCCUCAUCCCAAUAUUACAAGGUAAAAAGACAGCCAAUAUCAUCUUGGCUCAGGAGCAGAAAUUUCACCCUGUGGAUCUAUAGCAAGUACUGGACUUUCAGGCCUGGCAUCCCCCAAGGCACAGGAGGAGCAGUUAAAAGCGGAUACUGGGAGCAUGUUGCAUACAUUAAAGAGGGCCCCAUCUUACAGCACAUUGGCUGCCCUAACGCUGGGAACACUGGCACAGCCCCCAGAAUCUUCUCACAGAGGUGGGGCCAUCUGUCAAAGCAAGGAGGCAGACCCUUGCAUCAAUGUAUUGAAUGUUGGGCUUCUGAGCAGGAGAGUUCAACAGCAGGGGAGGGUCUCUUAGAGGGUUCCCACAUGCCAAGGCAGUUGAGCCCACAGGAGGUCUGUAGUAGGGACAAGGGAUAAGUGUGGAGAGAUAGCUUUCAUCAGAAGGAUUUAAGUGGUGGUGGGGUUGGGGGGGCUCCCUGUUCUGGAUGACAGUGGGUGUAGAGGCAGGGGGCGGUCAGCAGCUUGCCCAGUACUUGCUCUAGGCUUGAUGACCAAUCAGCAAAACAUAUCUGACCUUUAAGCCUCAGCUUCGGUCUCCUGCACGUGGGGCCCUCAGCACAAAGCUGGCCUCCUCUUAUGCCCUCCAUACUAGGGAACAAGCCUUCGGGAGAGGGGGUGGGGCUACAGAGCCCCUAGAGAGGCUGUGCCAGAGCAAGGGCAUCCAGUGACCCAGUUCUAAACAUCAAACAAAGCACUUGCUGACCUUAUUCUCAGGACGUGGCAGAGUCCUGGAAUAGCCAAGAGGAAUGGAGGAAGUAGCAACAGCCUUUCUAAAGGAAGGAGCCUCUUGCAAGUGGUUUGGGGACAUCUGGAAGAAGUGCAUUCACUGCACCACUUUCUGGGUCUUCAGGUGCCCCAGCCCCAUCCACAACUGAGGGAGUAGAGAAGACUCAGUGCCCAUGAAAAUGGGACUAAGUGUUCCUUUACACAAUCCUCAAGGGAUGGAGUGAAGCCAGAAGGAGUUGUGAGUGAGAAGGAGAAUGCUCCUGUGAGAAGUGACAGAGACAGAAGCAAGCCUCCAAGGGCACUGGUAUUUGCCCAAUUCCACCACCCACCCCACCCCCUGCCAAUUCCUUAGAAAGCUGCAUCCCCACUUCCAUCCCAAGGUCCCAGCUCCAGUCCAUCCUCCCUUUCCAGCUAGGCUCUUGCGACCCAUCUUGCUUUCUUCCCACAGUCUCCAGGACCUCUGUCCCAGCAUCGCCCAGGGCUGCUUUUGCAAUUCACCUGGGACCUUUCAUUUCCCCAAUCUCCUCCCCCUCUGUCUCUGCCACAGUCCACACUGGUGGCCACUCCCUGUUUCCUGAAAUAUUCCUCUCCCUGCCUGAUCCACACCCCUGGGAUCUUCUGAUCAUCUGACCACAUUCUCUCCAUCUCUCUCUCUGCCUCCUGUGCAGGUGCCUCUCUAUGCUCUUCAAUGUCCCCAAGGUUCUUUUCUUAUCUCAACUUGCCACCCAGUCUCAUCCACUCCAAAUCAUCUUAAUGACCACUUGUACAUAAAUGGCUCCCAAAGUGUCUGUCUCUAGCUCCAAAUGUGUCUCUAGCUCCUCCCCUAGAUGACCUCAGACACCUAACAUACAAGCCCUCCAGCCUCCUCCAAAGUUAUGUCCUCCACUUGCAGGCAUGACAAACGCACUGAUGCUGAAGCUUCAGGCUCUCAGGGGCCCUGAGCCUGCCUGCCCUCUCUACUUGCCGUUAUCUUCCCAAGACCUCCUUCCCAGACCCCUGGCUCAGAAUUAAGCCCUGAUUGGCCCUCAGCCUCUCUGGUAGUUCACACCAAGGUCAUCCAGGCUUAGAGUUAACCAAUAGGAUCCACAUCUUCAUCCACUACGAGGAAGUGGGCUGUCUGACCCCGGGCUACUCAAGACUAGGUGUGAAUGUUCAUUAAAUCCUGGAUCGAUGGAGUUGCCCCAUUACCCUUUCCUGCCACACUGCUCCCAUGCCCACCUGAUGGCUGGCCAACAUCACUGUCUUUGUAAGACCCUCCCCACAGCCGGUUCUACCAGUUCUCAAGGAGCUACAGCCUGCAUCCUUCUCCAGCCAGAGAGCCAGAUACACCCUGGACUUCUGAAGAACGAAGUCUCCUGCUCCACAUGCCCUGCUGCCCAGACCCCUCCUGGAACCCAACUCUGCAGGUCACUCACCAUCACCACCACCAGCACUACAAGCCAGUCCCUUAGUCCCUCUGGUUCCAGGCGCUGACAGGUCCUGGGGAAAGUUUUUGGACUUCAGUGACUUGUCAGAGCUCAACUCCUCUGUGCCCUCCUGACCCCGUUUCUAUUCCCAUCCUGUCAUACCCCCAGGGGGUUACAUGUUCACUGUCCACUUGGAAAAGAAUUUCCUUUUUUUUUUCUUCUUCUUGUGGUUCCAAUGAAGCACAAAACCAGAUGCUUAUAAAGGCUAAACCCGUCCCAUAGCCUCUCAGCUCAGAAUGGCUCUCUAGGGAGCCCAGUAGAUCCAGGUGGUGCUGGGGAUGGUAACUUUGGGAAGAGGGCCUGCACUCGGCUCUCUUGAAGGUCUAGGCGGUCACUUCUUCCCUUCCCCACCCAACACUUUGAGGGAGCAGGGAAACAAAGAAACUGUUGAACAAGACCCUGCCCUACAUUCUCAAAUUGCUCUUGUCUAGAGAAAAAUGAAGCACGAAUUGCAGGGUGAAUUUGGAACCAAGAAGAAAUAUAGGAACUGGGACCACAACAGGCUGAGCUUUUAGAGCCAGGAGCUGGAAGGAAGGACACAUUGGAAGAGGACUUCACCUAUGAAAUUUGUGGAUAUUCCUUCCAGGAGUUUGACAUUCAUGUGACUCCAUCAUACUGUUUGCAUCCACCUUCUUUUGUCCUGCCAGAAACCAUAGGACUCUCAGCUUCCAUUCCGGAGACAAGCCACAAAGGUCAUGGUUCACUGGCCAGCCUAUGGAUAGACUAAUUAGAGGUCAGGUCUGAACAUCUGGGCAGGCAGAUAGGCAUGAGAUGGAGCACGUAGUACAAAACACAGCUGCCUGGGUACCAGUGUCUGUGAGUAGAGUAAUUCUCCUAGAUGGGGGAGGGGUGAAGCAGAUAACAAAGGACAUAAGCGCCCUAGAUAUGUUGAAAAUGCAGCUGCAAGUAAUAAGGAAGCUGCUUAAACACUGGUUAUUGUUUUUCUCACUUCACAACUUAUGAAGUAGGUAGUUUCUGGCAUUGUCAGUCACAUAUCCAAGCUCUUUCUAUCUUUGCUUCAUAAUCUUUGGUGUGUUGGUUUUUAUCCUCCUUGUUGCUUCACCGUGAUCAAUGGUACCAUAAAUCACAUUCAUAUUCAAGGCAGAGAAAAAAGGAGAAGGGUCUGGGCUAUGGCAUCUGCCUCCUUUUAUCAAGAUAAUAAAAGUUUUCCCCAAACCACCCUUCCCCAGCUUACCUCCAGAAGUGGAUGCCAUGACCACCCUGCAAGGGAGAGUGGCAACAAAAAACAAAACGGAGUGAUAGGUCUGCAAAGUGGGCCAAAUUUAGUCUACCACCUGACUUUAUACAGACUAUGAACUAAGAAUGGGUUUUACAUUUUUAAAUGGCUGAGGGGAAAAAAAGUCAAGAGAUUAUUUCAUGACAGAUGUAUUAUAUGAAAGUCACCUCUUGGCCCACAAAGCCUAAAUUUAAAAAAAGGGUUUUUUUGUCAAAAAGUUUGUUGACCCUGCUUUAGGGCAACAUGGAUCAUUGCCUCCCAUUGGAAACCACUGCUAUUCUGAACAAAAUCACAAUUCUGGCAGCAGGAGGAAGCAAUGGAUAUCAUGCAGGCAACUCUCAGUGUCUGUCACAUAGGCCAGUCACCGUAAUGCAAGCCUUUGUCAGCUAUCUAAUCUGCAAUAGCAUAAGAUAAGAGCUCCCCUUCUCAUCAGGAACCUAACCAAGGGGGUUUUUUAGGAAGCCCUCUACCUCAAGGAGAGUUUCCCAAACUGACCAAAGGUGUGGAAUUUUGAAAAAGUAAAAGGGGACACAAUGAAAUAUCUGUCUGGCUAUGCCUCAAAAGGCUCAAUCAGUUAUUAUUUGCUCAAUGAACUUGCCCUCAGCCAAGGGGCUGGUCCUUGGUAUUACAGGUGUAGAAAGUGAGUCUAGUCAGUGUCCCACAGUUACCAGUCUCAUAUAAGCUACACAGAUGACCCACCUCACUAGGACAUGAAGUUCAUAAGCCCAAAGCCAAUGUGCUCAUUUUUAAUGGGAGCUAUAACUUAACUAUCACACAAGCCAGUGUUCUCAUGAUGAUAAAUGAACUUAAUGGGAAGCCAAACUGUGGUCUGAAGGAUGCUUAGUGAGUUCAGAGGCUGAGCCAGGAAGGUAAAGGGAAAAGUCACUUAUUUCAUACACCAGGUAUGGGGACUGGUUCCCAGGACAGGGUUCCAUGUCCCAAUGCAUUGUGCCUCUGAUUCCCUCUCCAUCCUCCCAUCUCGUUUUCCCAUUUCAGCCGUUUGUCUUACUCUGUUCCUCAGGAGUGAGAGGUAAUAACACAAACAAAAUAUAUAGUAAAUGGUGACAAGCAAAAAAUAUAUAACAGGGAAAGGGAACGGGAAAUGUUGAAGCUGUGGAACAUGGUACUUUCAGAUUGAGUACCCAGGGAAAGUCUCAGGUAAAAGGUAAUAUGUGAGAAAAGGCCUGAAGGUAGUAAUGAUGUAAAUAAACCAUGCAGACUGUUGGGGAAAAGCACUCCUCACAAAUGGAACAACAGGUGCAAAGUCUUAACUUAGGAGAAGACUUGGUGUGUUCAGAUUAGCGAGCAGGGCAGGGUCGAUCAGGCAGAUCAGGCAAAGUAGAGGAACAGAAAAUGAGGGUGCCAGAGGUAGUAGGUGAUGAGUGCCAAAGUACACAGAGCCGUGUAAAUAACACAGGACUCUGGCUUUCCUUCUGAGUGAAGUGGUACCUUACAAGAGUUUGAGGAGAGAAGUGACAGGGUCUGACUUUGGGUGGACAGGGUUAUUCUAGCUAUUGUGUGGAAAUAAAAAAAAAAAAAGAAAAGAAACCAAGAAAGACCAGAAUGAAAGCAGGAGGCCAGUUGAAGAGUAGUGACAGCAACAAUCUAAGCUGAUGAUGGCUUGGCCAGAGGAAUGCAGGUGAAUGAGAAGAGGGAGAUUCUGAAUAUUGUGGAGAUGGCAUUUCCAUGGGCUACAUCCACGCUCAGCUUUCCUUUCCCAAGUUACCAUCUAUACCUGCCUGCCUUAUUAGGAGCCCUUAACAUCUCAGGAAAGACUAUGAUUAAAUCAAAACCACUUCCAACUUAAAGUGACAUCCUGUCAAGUCCUUAAUAAAACCCUUCUCCUUAAAAUACCCAUAAAUACUUAAAAAUAGGAUAGAAAUUCAAGACAUGUCUGAAACGUAAGGCUAUCAGCCAACCAUUUGGCAUUAACAGUGGGAACUCUAAAGGUAAGGAAACAGAAUUAAAAGGCUAGCCAAAGUUCUAUCCCUUGUAUCAAAAGCACCACUGGCUGAGGGUAAGGAAAAGGCUCUACCCUCUUCAACCAGAGCCCCUCACAGCCUAUUCCUAACUCCAAGAAGAGCCUUCCCAGUCAUCUAAUCCCAACCACUGUCCUACUGCCAAGAAUUGCUUUCUGAAAAGCCAAAAAUACAGUCUAUGAUCACCCAUAAUCCUGACUGCCUGCAGGAACUUUCUACCUUUAGCAAAGACUUCAAUAUUGUCCAGGCUUGUGGGUCUGGGUCAGAAAGGACACUGAGAGUGGAGGGAAACACUGUAAUUUCUCAAAUUCUCCAUUUGCUAGAAAAGGAGUCACAGCAACUCUGAAUUUUUAGAACAAGGAGCUGAAAACUAGGCAGCGGUUAGAUCUUUCCUCAGUCAAGUAGGACAGAACUAAAAAGAGCUUCUGUCUCUUCCAGCUCCUUGAGCCAGAGUCAAGCUGUGAAAUGAAUCCUCCAGGAAUCUGAAUCCCUUGGCCCAUUCCUGCCAGGCCCCUUUGCUAGAACUGUGCCACCCUGGGUGGCUUCCCAACGCAUGGGCCAUUGUUCAGUCUAUCACUAGUGCCAACAAAUAUCCCUCUUGGGUUAAAUGACUCUCCCAAAGAGAGAUGUUAACUCCUGCUGUGAUAAUGCUGCAAAAUAAGCCACCCCUAAAUUCAUAGGUUAGAAGAGCAAGCAUUUGUCUUUCUUGUCUAUGUGUCUGUCUACAGGCCGUAGGUUUGAUUCCAGGCUUCUAUAAGCUCAGAUCUAUUCUCCCUUUCUCCAUAUUCUCCUUGAAACAUCAGCUAUCAGGGACCUGUUCUUAUGACAAAUUGCAAAUACAUGAGAGGCAGAAACCCAACUGUGCUAACAUGUUGGAAGCUUCAGCUUAUACUACAAUGUGUCUGUUCACAUUUGUCUGUUGGCCAAAACAAGUCAGAUGGCUAAGCCCAAAGUCAAAAGGGAGGAAAAUAUACUCUAUUCCCAGAGGAAGAAAAGUGAUUGAUAUUUGCUGAAUAUCAAUUUCAAUGAAUAUCAAUAUCAGUAUUUGCUGAUAAUCUUUAAUCCAUCACAGGGAGUUAGGUUAGGACUUCAACACGUGAAUUUGAGGGGACACAAUUCAGCCAAUAACAACCUCUUUAGUGAGAGGAGAUGUGAGUUCACAUAGCAAAGCAAGCAGAAAUAAAAACUGAGGUCACUUUUGCCAUUACCAACCCCGUAUGGCAACACCAAUCUAGCUUUUGCCCCAAGCUAGACCAAGCUCUAUCAAAAGGAAUCAGGGUUCUCUGAAGAAAUGGCUGUUUCAAUGGCAGAGACAGGAAAUAUACAAGACAUGCCUAGAGCACCUUAUAGUGCCAGAAAGUCAGGAAGUGUUCAAAAUGGAAAGGAAAAAAAAAUCCACACAUUGAUGGCAGAAGGUCAGAGACAUAGAAGACAACUGAAAGAGAUCCCAACAACCAAAGUUGGAAUAAUUUAACAACAAAAUAAAGUAGUAUUAGAUUAUAAUCCAAAAUAUAAAAUAAAUAUGCACGAGUCCAUUC